UCAAUAGUUACGCAAUAGGACCGCGUUGUCGCUUGGCGCAUGCGCAGGGCCCCGUAGCGUGGGUGAUGCGGAAGUGGCCAUGCUAGGAAGGAGUCGCUGAAGGGGAGUCGACAGCGUUGGGUUUUUUUUGACGUCGGAGUACUUGCGCAAGCGCAGUCCUCGCUCUCUUAUACCGAGCGAGGGGUGGGUUCCUGGUGCCACUCGCUGACCCUGCUGCCGCCACUUCUGCUGCUCCUCACCUCUCUUUAGUGGUUAGUCCCCAGGAACGGAGGCUCCAUGGCGAUGAACUUCAACGCGAAGGAGGAGGUGGAUGGGCAAUUGCCGGGGAGUAGCGGAGUCGGAGGGCCUGGGGUCGUCGGGGCCGGAGUCAAGAGCCGCAAGCCCGACAAUACGGCGUUCAAGCAGCAGCGCCUACCGGCCUGGCAGCCCAUCCUCACCGCCGGCACCGUCCUGCCCGCCUUCUUCGUCAUCGGCCUCAUCUUCAUCCCAAUCGGCAUCGGCAUCUUCGUCACCUCGAACAACAUCCGCGAGUACGAGAUUGAUUAUACAGGAGCAGAGCCAGGUAGUCCCUGCAAUAACUGUUUAAAUGUGUCCUGGAACAGUACACCUUGUCACUGUACCAUUAACUUUACACUGGAUCAGCCUUUUGAGAGCAACGUGUUUAUGUACUAUGGACUGUCCAACUUUUAUCAAAACCACCGCCGCUAUGUGAAGUCUCGGGACGAUAGCCAGCUAAAUGGAGAUAAUAUUUCUUUGUUUAACCCCAGUAAGGAAUGUGAGCCUUACCGCACAAGUGAGGAAAAACCUAUUGCUCCUUGUGGCGCCAUUGCCAACAGCAUGUUCAAUGAUACGUUAUCACUGUUUCGUAUUGAACGUGAUGAAACUAAGCCUAUUCCUUUGACUAAAAAAGGUAUUGCUUGGUGGACAGACAAAAAUGUGAAAUUCAGGAAUCCUGCUGGAGAUACAAAUAACUUGACAAUACUUUUUCAAGGCACAGCAAGACCUGUCAACUGGCCCAAACCAGUGUAUAUGCUAGAUUCGGAUCCGGAAAACAAUGGUUUCAUCAAUGAGGACUUUAUUGUGUGGAUGCGUACUGCAGCACUGCCUACAUUUCGUAAGCUAUAUCGUCUUAUAGAGAGGCAGGAUAAUUUACGGCCUACUCUACCAGCUGGAAAUUAUUCCUUGGAAAUAACAUACAAUUAUCCUGUGCAUAGCUUUCAUGGGCGAAAACGGAUGAUUUUGAGCACCAUUUCGUGGAUGGGAGGCAAAAAUCCAUUUCUGGGAAUUGCCUACAUUACUGUUGGAUCCAUUUGCUUUUUUCUUGGAGUAAUGCUGCUAAUCAUUCAUCACAAGUACGGAAAUCGGAACAACAGUGCAGAUAUUCCCAAUUAAUCCCAUCUCUUCAAAACACAUGUACUGCAUGAAAGCUCUCUCCUUGGUAAAAUGUUGCGUCUGACACAGAAUGCAUAAAUAUAUCUGAAGCCUUUUGUUUCCCUUUCAGUGGAUUAACUUGAAGAUAAUGGCUAUAAAAGUUACCUGUGUAAAACAAUGCUGCCUAGAGGAUUUUUGAGGCUUGCCUCUUGCUGGACAGGUGCCAUGAUGUGCAUAUAGUCUUUCCUCACCUAAUGCAUCUGCUGGUUGUGUGCUUUGUAACAUGUCAAUGCUGUGUAUAGACUGUGUGGCGAGAAUGUAUUUAGGAUAGAGUGGCUUCAUAUUUCAAGGAUGUAAGGUGUGCUGGUGCUGUCGGAAGGAAAAGAGGCCUAUCUCCUGUUUUGCCACAUAAGGCAUUGUACGCACAGGCUUUUAUGUUCCCUGCUGAAAUAUUUGCCUAUAUUAAACUUGUGCAACUUACUCUCUGUUGAGCCCAGCGACGUGCUCAAAGUUCACAGUAUGUUCCAACAGGUGUGCCUGGCAUGUGACCGUGUGCAACAAAAAGCUUUCUUGUGAUUUAAAAAACCUUUCCAUAUGGAAACAACUGCUACAUAUACAACUCUUGCUUUAAAUUCUUCAGUGUGCACUUCUGUUUUAUACCCAGCCCAGAUGUCAAAAUCUCCUACAGAUUUUUCCUACAGAAAUGAAGAAGAGGUUCUGUUCCUAAGCUGUCUGUAUUGGUACAGAAAUGUCCAUCUCCUCAUAUUGAAAGCAAUGCUUUAAUGACCCUUUUAACAUUCCUAAUUGAGAAGAAGCAUUAAAUUUACUUCAGAAGGUUUUCCAGGUUCUUAACGCAUUCAAAUACUUGAGGUCCCCAGAUGUAAUUUAAAAUGUGUCAUGAAAGCCAGCUACAGGGUGCUGUGGUGGGAUGUGGGGAAUACCCCCUCUUGUAGAUUUUCAUUCAAGGCUGUCCAAAUUGUAAGAACCCAGCUCAGUGAUUUUAAAUUAUUAAAUUGCUAUGUAUAUGGAUGUUAUUUUAUGUGAAACUGGUUUGUCAGUCUAAAUAUUGGGUAUUGAAUAAAUGCUGUCGUUUGUUUUAUGAAA